AUGCUAAAAUAUUCAAGCACAAUAGCAACACCAAAUACGUGGGCUGAUAAGCUCCAACCUGAGCUGUUAAGGUUGAUUGUGAAAAAGCUCGCUUCAAAUUUCAUGGACAUCGUUCACUUUGAAAUUGUCUGUUCUUCUUGGAACCGCGCUGCAAGAUGGUGUACCUCUGCUGCCGCGUUGCCUCCUCAAUAUCCAUGGCUCAUGCUCCCCACCCUCAAAUCGCCUAGUAGGUGGCCCAAGCUCCCUGGUGAUAGUGAUGGGGAGGGCAUAUGCUUCUUCAGCCUGGUAGAUAAUAAGGUUUACAAGAUGGAUUGGAAAGUGUCUCAAGGCUUUCCUGGCGAUGUCAAUUCCUCUCCGGGUUCAUCACAUGAUGGGUAG